AUAACAAUGAGCAUGUGCUGGUUCAUAACAACUUUAUCCGUUACUGCUUUCUUUUCUUCCCCUGCUUAUGCUUAUGAUCCCAACCCUCUACAGGAGAUAUGUGUUCCAGUUAACGACUCUAAGACUGCUGUCUUCGUGAAUGGAAAGAUUUGCAAAGACCCAAAGCUUGCAAAAGCAGAUGAUUUCUUUGCUUCAGGUCUUAAUGUUAGUGGAAAUGCAGUGCCUGGGUUUGGUUUUGCUAUAAAGACUGUUGAUGUAAACAACAUGCCUGGACUUAACACUCUUGGUAUUUCUAUUAUUCGUGUUGACUUGGAACCACAACAUCCUUUUGCACUUCACACGCACCCUCGAGCUUCUGCGCUGAUGACUAUCCUGGAGGGUACUCUCUAUGCAGGAUUUUUUGUCCCUGAUGCUGCAAACUUCUUUAAAAGUCAUCUCUUCUCCAAAAUCUUGAAUCCUAGAGAUGUGUUUGUGUACCCACAAGGUCUAAUUCACUUCGUGUAUAAUGUGGGACACAAAAAAGCUACUUUUCUCGCUUCUUUAAACAGUCAAAAUCCUUGACUUAUCAUG